GGGGCCCGGUGAUGGUGUCGGUGACGAUGGCGACGUCGGAGUGGAUCCAGUUCUUCAAGGAAGCGGGGAUCCCCCCCGGCCCCGCCGUCAACUACGCCGUGAUGUUCGUCGAUAACAGGAUCCAGAAGAACAUGCUGCUGGACCUCAACAAGGAGAUCAUGAACGAGCUGGGCAUCACGAUCGUGGGGGACAUCAUCGCCAUCCUCAAGCACGCCAAAGUCGUCUACAGGCAGGAGAUGUGCAAGGCGGCCACCGAGGCGCUGAGCCCCCCGAGCGCGCCGGCGGAGCUGCGCCGCAACGCCAGCAGCGCCGCCUCCCGCAUGAUCGCCAACAGCCUGAGCCGGGACUCGCCGCCCGCCGCCCCCGCCCGCAGGCCCGACGCCUCCAAAAUCUCCGUCACCGUCUCCAACAAGCUGGCGGCGAAGAGCGGGGGUCUGCGCGAGGCGGAAGCCGGGAGCCCCGCGCCGGUGCCGGCCAAGCGGCGCCGCGUGACGGCGGAGAUGGAGGGCAAGUACGUCAUCACCAUGCCCAAGGGCACCACGCCGCGCACCAAGAAGAUCCUGGAGCAGCAGGCAGCCAAAGGUCUGCAGAGGACGUCGGUUUUCGACCGCCUGGGAGCCGAGACGAAGGCGGACGUGGCGGCGGGCAAGGUGAGCGCAGCGGGGACGUGUUUUGGGG